AUGUCAAUGAAAGCUGCUGUUUUUAAAGAAAAAAAUGGUCAACUGGAAAUAGUUGAAAAACCAAUACCAGAGCCAGCAAAAGGAUGGGUUAGAAUAAAAGUAAUUAGCUGCGGUGUAUGUCAUUCAGACUUUGCGAUACAACAUGGAAACCCAUUUCCAAGAACGCCAGGUCACGAAGUUGUAGGUGUUAUCGAUAAGAUUGGUGAAGGUGUAGAAUCAAAUAAAUUUUCUUUGGGUAAACUGGGUGCUGUAGGUUGGUUUGGAGGUCAUUGUGGGUCAUGUCCUUCAUGUUUAGAAAAUGAAUGGGCUCAUUGUGAAAAAGGAAAGGUUUGUGGUAUUCAUUAUGACGGUGGUUAUGCAGAGUAUAUGACAUGUCCUGAAGAUGCUUUGGUAUUUGUCCCAGAGGGUAUGGAUCCAAUUGAAUCAGCUCCAUUAUUAUGUGCCGGUAUUACUGUAUACAAUUCAUUUAGAAACUUAAAUAUUAAGUCAGGAUCGUUGGUCGGUGUUCAAGGUAUUGGUGGUUUGGGUCAUUUAGGUAUUCAAUUUUGUCAUAAAAUGGGUUAUGAAGUUAUUGCAAUGUCAGGUGGUAGUAGUAAGAAAGAGUUAGCUAAAAAGUUAGGUGCUGCUCAUUAUGUCGAUAUGUCCAAAGAUUAUAUCGACGAAAUGAAAAAGAUUGGUUCAGUUAAAUGUAUUUUAGUCACCGCUCCAAAUGCACAAAACAUUCAAGGAAUGUUAGAAUCUUUAGGCGUCAAUGGUAAAUUGGUAAUGCUUGCACUUUUACCAGAACCAUUCAAUGCAAAUGCUGGUACAUUAAUUGGUGGUAAUAAAUCAAUUGUUGGUUGGGCUUCAGGUGAUUCUCGUGAUUCUGCUGAUACUCUUCAUUUUGCUAAAAUGAAUGGAGUCAAACCAAUGGUCAAAUCAUUCCCAUUAGAACAAGCUAGAGAGGCUUUAGAAAAAAUUAGUGAUGCAAGAUUUAGACAUGUAAUUGAAUUCAAAAAAUAA